CUCCUAUCAGCUGUUUGGGGGAUGCCAGGAAGCAAGUGUAUUUUGGAAACAAUGCGGCGCGGCGGCGCCUGAGGCUGCAGCUUGGGGACUCCUCGCUCCGCCCGGGCUCAGCGCCCGCGCCCCUCCGCCCGUUCGGCGGCGCCCUGCCCUAGGAGCAAUGGAUCCCCCCAGCUACCUAGAAGAGGACUAUUCCAGCCUGGACGGGCUGGACGAUGACGUGUUUCACUCUGACUUUGGACUCACAGGUCAGCCUGGUGAGAUGACCCCUCCUGGCAUUUUCACACAGAACCAAUCCUACAGCUGCCUGCUGGGGAGGUUUCAACUGUUCCCACUCACACACUGCUGUGGUCCAGGUAUCAGGCAUGCUGAGCAGCAGGACAAAGCAACCCAAACACUCAGUCCAUCCUCUUCCACUCAGGAUGUCAUGUUGCCAUGUGGAGUCACUGAAGAGCCCCAGAGACUCUUCUAUGGGAAUGCUGGGUACCGUUUACAUGUCCCCCCAGUUGGCUUUGCAUUGAAUCCACACCUCCAAGAGGAGCCUCGGGAAGGUCAACGGGAAGCACAUGCUGAGGUUCAGAUUGCAAGGAAGUUACAGUGCAUUGCAGACCAGUUCCACAUGCUCCACAUACAGAGGCAUCAGCAGAACAGAAAUCAAGUGUGGUGGCAGAUCCUUCUCUUCCUACAUAACUUGGCCUUAAAUGUGGAGGCAAACAGGAACCACGUAGGUCAGAGGUGAGACUCCUCCACCUGUUCCAGGUCACAUCCAGCCUGCAGAGAGCACUGAACAAACACUGGUCUGGGGGAGAGAGACAUGCACACCGCAGGCCGGAUGUGAGGACUCUGUCAAACUCUUACUCAUCUUCUCAAGCUUUUUUUUUUUUCCCCUCCCCCCCCCAGGGACUCUUCUUUACUGCUUCGUUCCUGAUGAGGCUGGGAGCUCUUGUCCAACACUGUUGAAGGAAAGUCUUAGAACUUAGAUGUGUUUGGUAAAGCUUGCUGCUGAUUCCCCAUAUCAGUAACCUCUAUGCAAGUGAGGCAAGUAGUAGACAAACAGGUUCCUCUGCUCUGUUUUUGUUUUUUAAUUGAUAGAAUGCAGCAGUUUGUAAUUUUGGCUGCUAGUUAAUGAUGGUGUCUGGGACUGAUGGCUCUAAAUGUACUUUGGGCUACUUCCGGAUUAGAGACACUUGACUCGUCUAUGGGAUAACUUUUGAAAAAAGUUAUUUUUAGAAACAAUUACACUUAAGUAGCUUAUGUACAGCAGCAGGUGGGUCACUGUUUGUUUAUUUCCCUGAAUUUUAUUACCAGGGAGAUAUGUAAAAAUCUAGUUUUGUUUAAUGACUUAAUUGGCCCAAGUUGGACAUUCUUCACAUGAAGUCGCUCUUUGUCAUUGCCACUAAUAGAUGGAAUUGUUUCUGUUAGAGUCCAGAAUCUUUCAGAAGAUGUUGGUGACUCUUCAGUAUCUUUGUGCAAAGGGCUGUUUGGUCCUGUACACUAUAUACUGUCCCCAUAAACCAGGAUAGAGCUGUUAAAAAUGGAAUAUAAUCUAAGCAUGAUUCUUCUGGAAUUGUUAAUCUGUAUAUUUUUGUUAGUGCUCUGGUGGAUUUUUUCCCCCCCUCCCUAUCAUGUGCGCUGUUAAGAAGAUUCAGAUCCCAAGCAUCUGAUACGUUUGCUUCAUGAUUUGACUAGGAGAUUAAUUAGUAAUUACUUUGAACCCCUACACUGCAGGUUUGUACAAGUGAUCGGUCUAUUAUUCUAAUGAGUAAUACUGGAAGUGAUAUUCGUGUACACUGACAACAGAAAUACUACUUGGAGUGAUAGUUCAUUGUCAUUGACUUGUGACUGUCUGGUGUUUUUAAAUCUGUUUGGCUGCCGCUCUUGGAACAGGGAUGGGGAACUAUCUACCCCAAAAAUUUAGGUUUAGUUUGUUUAUGAAGUGUGAAAUACGAAGGGAAAAGGAUAUAGUCUCUGCUUUCCACAGACUGUUUCCAUACUUGCCCAGAGCUAAUUCUAAAUCACAAAUUAUAAAACUAACACUAGGAAAAAUCUUGCUGGACAGUUGCCCUUCAGUCUUGCUACAGCUGUCAAGACAGAGGGGUUCUGGAGCUCCUGGUCUGCUUUGAAGCCUAAUGAACAGUAAAGAAUCACUGUAUUGGAAGAGUUUUCUUGCACAUUCUCCUUCCCCUCCAUUCCCCCCCCCCCCCGCUUUUUUCUUGCCCUUCUUUAAGUCUGUUUCCAUCUCGGACAUUUGUAAUGACCCAGUUCCCAUGUACCCUCAGUAACCCCAUUAAAGUGCCUGGUAAUGAUUUGUAACACAUAUUUGUAUUUGGAUGCUUCCCCUCUAUUUCUCAAUCCCAUCUAUUGACUGGCAUUCUGCUUUUUUAUGGCAGGAGUUGUCUAGCCCUCUCCAAACCAGCUCCCAGGACCCUCUCCGCUUACACAGCUCUGCUGCGAUCAUUCAGUACAAAUGGGGUUCCUCAUGCAAACUGACUUUUUUUUUUUUUUUCCCCCUAGCUAAAGCUACAUUAUGCAGAGUAAUGUGUUCCUCUGGGAUGGUCAGGAGUUCAGAACAAUGAUUCUUAAGUUAGCUUUGUUUCAUUUUAGUUAAGCACGUGCACUAUGGAGUUAUGCAGUUGGACGUGAGUGGUACCUGUCAUUAAUUACUUUGAAGCGGUACUGGAAGCUGCUCCCUAUUUACUGAAAUACCUUCCAUUGCUCUGCAAAACAGAGUCACUUGGGGUGUAUGGUGACUGGAGAACAGGGGUUUAAAUAGGAAGCAAGCCUGAGGGGUAGGGCAAGCACAGACUGGAUUGAAGGGACUGAGCCCUUGGAAUCUGGACCUUGGGGAGAGCCCCCUUAGAACUGAAAGUGUAGCAUAGGCAACAGGUUGAGCCCCCCUUUCGGGAAGUUAGCCCCUGACUCCAUCCCUUCUGCCUGCAGCUUGAGCCCCAAGACUCUGUUGUCCUCCUCCCUGCUGCAGCCCAGAGCCACAAGACCCCCGCCUAGAGAAGCCCCAAGCAUGCCCCUACCUUGGCCAGCGGAGCCCCGGGCUUUCUGCAGCUGUGUCUCCACUCCCCUCCCCAGACCCAAGCGGCCUGGAGGAAAAGCAUCUCUUCAAAGAUGCUUUUGAUAUGCCCCAUGCAGGUUCUGGGGCAGCUGAUGAGGCAGUAUGUGCUAUUCAGCUUCCUGGGUUCAUCAGAAAUUUCCCUGGAGUCCAGAGAGAUUACUGAUAACCCAGGAAGCUGAAUAGCACAUACUGCCGGAACCUGCAUGGGGCAUAAUAAAGCAAAAACUUCGCUGCUAAACCCCACAACCGGAGGUCCAGUUGCCAUGGCAGUGCCAGGGGAGGCCUAUUAUACCCGCCGUUCAUGAGGUGUAGGCUUGUCAAGGAAACUGAGGGAGAGGGGAGUGGAGCUUUAUAGGUUGCAGUGGGGAAGGAAUGAAAUAAAGCUGUUAACCAGAAUGGCGGCGCUGGAAGCGGAGGGAGUGAUGUCACCUUCUCCCAGCGCCUGCAGGGGCUUUACCCCCUCCCCUCUCCCCCCAGCCGCGCAGAGAAGCCCUGAUAGAAGGGGUGGCACAAGGCAGCGCAGCAGCCAGUGCGCAGAUGAGGUGACGCAGCCCCGGCUCCCCGGCAGGACUCGCCCUUUUCUCCCCAGUAGCAGCUGGGCCCUGGCAGCCCAGCAUCCCGGGGCUGGGGCUUCCUCUUCCCACUGUGGCCGGGGGCGCGGUGCCCUCGCCCCAUCUAAGUGGCGCAGCUCCAAGAGCGCAACUUCCCCAAAAAGAAAGGAGGGCUAGAAAUGUGCCGCCCCAAGCACGUGCUUGCUUUGCUGGUGCCUAGAGCCGGUCCUGCCCACUUUGGUAUGUACUUCUGUGGAGAAAAUCCUCCCCUCAAAGUGUUUGUUACAGUCUGAGCACAGUUAGAAAUACGUGGAUGAGUUAGGGAAGUAUUUUCAAUUAGCAAGGCCUAAAUCUGGUGGGGGGGAGGGGCAACUCUUGAAUGAUUUUAAUUGGUGGUUUGCCUGAGUGAAGGGGUGGGAAUUCAGUGUUCAGCUCCUUUUCUGUAUACUGAAACACUAGUGAAGUGUCUCUAACAAUUUAGAGAACAGUUGGCUUUCUCCUAAAGUUACUUCUAGUUUAAUGGGCAACAGUCAAGACAAUGUGAGUUUCAGCUGACAGCACCUACAGUGUUUAAAAUCUGUCUCCCUUUCCAGGAUCACCAAAAUGGCUUCUGACCCUGACAUUCUUGACUUGAGAGAGGAAAGAAUUUAUUUCUGUGUCUCUCCCUCCUGUCUCUUCAAAUAUCUCUCUUGUAACCCAAACCUUACCUGGAUCCAGUGAGCCUGGUGCUAGUGGGUGUUUGUUUGUCUUACUCUGUUUCCUGCAAAUCAUGAAAGCUGAGCCAGUAAUUACAAAGUGACUGCCCAAGGUUAGCUGCAAACUGCCAUAGCUAGGGUAAGGUGGAGGUAGACGAGAGAAUGAACUUCCAACAGAAAGGGCUGACAUUGGAAAUGGAUGUGGGACUGCAGGCUUUUCCCAAGGUGCUGAUCGUCUCUGCUAGCAGUGGACUUCUGUGUAACUUACUGUGUGUAUUAACUGCUACUCUUUUGUUGGUUUCUAUGGAUAUUAUAUUCUAUUGCAAUUUUCCCAUUGUACCAAGUCUGCCUGUCUUCUGCUGCCAACUGAAGCUUAGCUUAAUAUUUGUCACACUGUCAGUGUUUUUGGAGCCUGGGAGACUGGCCCUUGAGUGAAAUGUUCUGUUUAGCCUUUCCUUUUUAAGCCUUGCCUAUAUCCACAGCAGGAUGGGGAAGAGGAACUCAAUCCUCUGUGACGAAGGGUCACUUGUGAAGACUUGUUUACUUUCACUGUCAAGUCGGAAUAACUAGCUGCCUUUGCUCCUUUGGGCUUGAACCGAGGUUGAAUAAAAGCCAUCUGAGAUGUGACCAGAUUUAGACACCUUGAGGCCACUUCAUACCCGUGUAAUUCCAUUGCAGUCAAUGAAGUGAUACUUCAGAUGUAUUUGGCUCAUGGAGAAUGGAGGAAAGUUGCCCCUUCCCUUUGGGAAAUUACAGGUUCUGAAUUCUAAUAAAUGAGCUGGAGGUAAAACAAAGGCUUUAGGCAGUUGCUGCAACCUGAAGUCUAAACUCUGCAAAGUCACUUUUGAUUCACUUUAACCCUUCCUUUGUUGAUCCUUAAUAGCACCUACUGUGCUUUCCAGUGAAGCUGUAUAAGUGGUAAUAUUGGAACAUAUCGGGUACAUUCAAGGGGUGGUUUUACUAACAGCCCUACUUUGCUUAAAGGGAAGGCUCAUAUUAAUUACUAUGAACAACCUUGACAGGAUAUAAUGCCCUUGAUUCAACUCUGCAAUGCCCAUUCACACUAAUGGGAGUUCUGCAUGUGGGUCAAGUGAUACAGAGUAUUAAGAGUUGACAGCAAAGCUAUUCAUAGUCAUUCCAAAGAAUAUUGUUUUUAAAUUGGAAUUUGUGGUCAUUUAAAAAAAAAACACCUCCCUGUUGCUUUUGAUUUGUUUCAGAAAGGAAAAAAAUACCUCAAGGAAUUGGUGAGAGAUUGUUCAAGAUCUCUUACAAUUCCUAAAAAGCUCUUAUGAUCAUUGUUUCUUUGGUUUGUACACAUUCACACAGGUAGUACACCACUUAGUUCUUACCCGUAAGGAAAAGCAGAAAAAGACCAAACACAUUGAAUGCACUGGAAUGUAAUUGUGUGUAUGCCUGUAUGUGUCUGUGUGUUUACAUAAAAAGGCAGUCUGACAUCUCCCCCCCCCCCUUCUUUCUUCCACACCUCCCACCCCCUUCCCCCACAGAUGGGAGGGUUUCUUCCUAUGAAUCCCAUGCUGGAAGUUGGUUUCUGGGAAGUGAAACUUAAGUCUGUAGAGUUUUUUAAAAGCCAUUUUUCAGUUCUGUCUUCAGACUAUUUGCUGCCUUUGGGGAGUGGAGGGAGGGGGUGGGAAGUGUAGAUCUUUAAACUGUUUUAAAUUUUAUUAUGAAGAUUUUGCAUGUACAAAGUUAUCUUUAAAAAUCAAGUGGAGUCUCCCUGAUUUGUGGAUUCGGCCCCAGGAGAGCAUCACCACAGACUCUUCAGCUUCAGGGAGACAACUUUAGGCCUGCACCCCCCAGAAGACCAUUCCAGUUUGGUCAAACUACUCUGAGGAAAGGUUGAGGGUAGAAAGGGGAUGUAACACUUCUCCCUUCUCACUGAUGUGUUGUAGUCACGUGAUGUAAGAAGACACAAACAUGGCUAUGAUCUUACUAAAUGGGUGCUUAAAGUUAGGCUCCUAGUGGGGGAUUUUCAAAAAGCACCUAAGAGAGUUAGGUGCUUUUGAAAAUCCUGACACUAAAUAUGGACUUUUGGUGCCCAAAGUUAGACUACUUAAAAAAACAAACAAAACCCCCCUCCUCCCAACUUGGGAAUGCAUCUCUUUUCCAAAUCCUCUUCCUUUCCUUCUGUGGUAUCAGAAAUGUAUUCAAAUCUCCUCCGCAUUUCUCUUUAAAGAUCCAUAGAUGAGCAUAUUUUGACGUGCAGCUUCAUCUCCCCCUGGACUUUUCUACUCUUGUUGGAGAUGUUUCAUUUUUAAACUUUGGAGUAAUUAAUUGCCUCCAGUGGCUGCCUUGGAGAAUCAGAGAUGAGGGGGAGAGAGGUUCUCGGUGUAUUGUUUUAAAAUGCUCUUAACCUUUCAUAGAGAGUGUCCCUGCUGAAUGAAUCUUAUGUUCUCCCAGCUGAAGAAGUACAGUCAAUGCUCUCCUGUGAAAUCUUUGUCUAGACUAGUCCUGAAGUGCACACGCCCUCUCUGCCAUGGACUGAGACCCAGUGAGAAUGUAGCAUUUUGUUUAUCUUGGCUGUGUGCCUCCAGGAUUCAUGCCUGUAGUGAUGGUGACUGGGAGAAGCUCCUUUUUUGUAUCUGUGCAGUAUAUUUGCUCUGUGCUUUCUCUCUGGUGCUUUUUAAUACUUGGAAUUUUUUUCUAAUAACUGGUACAAUUUUUAAUAAAAUUGUUAAAUGCUA